UAGUAGAUAAGAUGUUCAUGUUGUUGUUGAUCUUACAAGUCAAGACUACUGAAACCACCACAUAAAGAAAGCAAAUAAUAGACCCUCUCCAUAUUUUUUCUUAAAGAUACAAGCUUUGUUAGAGGUGAGUAGAAGAAGUAGCCCAAGAUUCAUUCUUAAGGUUUCUUGGUAAUCAGUAUUCAAGUAGCCAAAGAAGAAGUUAUUUUCAGUGAAAAAUGGAAUUGGGGAUGGAGAGUAUUCAGUAUGUAGAAAGACACCACAAGCAUGUUCCUGCUACCCAUCAGUGCACUUCCUCUGUUUCUAAACACAUCAAAGCUCCUGUUGAUAUUGUAUGGUCAUUGGUUAGGAGAUUCGAUCAACCUCAGAAGUACAAGCCCUUCGUUAGCAGGUGUACCGUGCAGGGUGAACUCAAGAUUGGAAGCGUUAGAGAGGUGAACGUCAAGUCAGGUCUUCCAGCCACAACAAGCACUGAAAGGCUAGAACUCUUCGAUGACACUGAGCAUAUCCUCGGUGUCAAAAUUGUUGGUGGUGAUCACAGGCUUAAGAACUAUUCCUCAGUCAUUACCGUCCAUCCAGAAGUUGUUGAUGGGAGAGCUGGCACCCUGGUCAUCGAAUCAUUCCUGGUUGAUGUCCCCGAAGGUAACACCAAAGACGAGACUUGCUACUUCGUCACAGCGCUGAUCAACUGCAACCUUAAAUCACUGGUGGAAGUGUCUGAGAGGAUGGCCAUGCUGGCUUGCCCUCAAGUUUAGUUUAGUAAAAAUAGAGUGUAGUUCUUUUUCAUAAACUGUGCAAGCUCUCUAGGAUCUCUAAAGCUUUGUGGAGUUCUUAGUAGGAACCUGGAACCGGUUUUCUGCGAUUUCAGAUGCUUUAUACAGAUUCUAGGUGAAGCUUUUCUUGAUUUUACUUGCUCUGUAGUUGGUCUCUGUCUCUGAUAAACUGGUCUUACUUCUGCUCGAGUUUUGUAAAUGGUGUACUAUAAAUCUUUGCUGUCCUAUAUGUAGCUAUGUGUUCUUAGAAAA